AUGACAGAACCACACACCAAUGGCCACUCUUCUUCGCGUCCACCAACCGCCUCCGACCUCCUCGCCCGCUGCCAAUCCCUCCUCUCCGAACUCGAAGCCUUCAAAGAAUACCUCAAAUCCCGCAAACAAGACCAUCAAGUCGAAAUCGCCCACUUUCGCAACACUGUAAAAUCUGAACUGCGUACUUUGCAACGAUUAGCCUCUGCCUCUGCCUCUAAUGACGAUGGCGAGGACAACGAAAACACUACCACUCAACACACUGUCAACUCUUCAAAUCUACCGUUUUUGGAAACUGUCUGGGGAGUGGUGAAGAAUAAUAAGGGUUUACAAGCUAUGCAAAAGAGGUUUUAUUGGCAGGAAAAAGGGCAGAAGAGGGGACAGAAGAAACAGAAUUCGGCGCUGGUCGAUGUCGUUGCGGGUGAUGGGUUGGAGUGGUUUAAAGUCAGUUUGCUUACGAACAAUCGACUCUUGUUCGACAAGGCGAAAUUGGGUUGGGAGGAUGCGUCGUCCAGUGAGGAAGAGGAAGAUGAGGAUGUUGAUGGUCAACAAGACAGAAAGGAGAAAGAGAAGGACGAUGAGGAUGAUGUGCCCUUGGUUAAAAUGACCAAGGAUCUGGUGAGGGCGGCUAAGGAGGUGAAGAUCAGGACGAGGAGCCCGAAGAUCACUCUGGUCUUGCCGAAAUUGAGAGAGGGUGAAGUGGUUGAGAUUGAUCGGAUAUUGGAUCAAUUGCGGGCGCUGGGUGUCCAAUUACUCACCUCAUCCUCAGCCUACCAACCCGUUUCUUUCCCCUCGGUGAUGCCCCACCUCCUCACCGACCCCUUCGCCUCUUUCACCUCCACCCUAAACAUCGACUGCACCAUCCUGCUCGCCCUUGUCAGCGACUUCAGCCACUGCUCCGUCAGUGCCGAACCCUGGUUCCACCGCGCCCUAAAACGCCAAGUCGAGAUCGAAGACGAGGAAAACCUGCUCCCGAAUCUCCUCUACCCAGCCCUCGCAAACAGAAACCUGGUCUGUACAGACGAGGCGGCUAGGCGGAUGCGCGAGAUCGUAGACACCAUCGGCACCUCCGGCGAAAAAGAACGCACAAAACUCUUUAUGGGCGAUACAACACUCUCACCCUCCGACCUUCGCUCACAACUGGAAACCUUGUCACGCUUUGAGAUUCCUGAAUCUUUGAAACUUCCCAUCACUACCCAAACUCCCGAGCAAGAACCAACAACUUUGCCGCAAUCAGCUCCAGCUGUCAAACAGCAACUUACAUCUAUAAACCAAAGUGUGUUUUUGCAUGGUUGGGCUGGAGGUAUUACUACGGUUACUAGUAAUAGGACUGUGGUCAAGCAGAUUGAGAAUAUUCUUGCCAAGGAGGCCAGGGAUGAGAAGGAGUGGCCGUUGAUUUGGUUGUGUCCUACGGCUAGGAGUUUGGUGGGUAAGGAGAAGGGGAGGAGGGAUUGA